UGGAUCAAUCGAGCCACGGUCUUACCCUUUUGCACAUUUGUGGAGAAGACAAGAAGCCCAAUGGCUAACGAAGCCGGAAAGCCGCCCUUGAGGUCACGCUUCUGCACAGUCUUGAACCACGAGGUCCUCGAUCCGAAUGAGUACAUGGUGCACUUCGCCAAGCGGAGGAAGGAUGACCUCAUAGUCGAGAGCCAGGUCUGCGGUUGGUGCUACAAAAUGGAUUUUGAAAACCUCGAAACACCCAAGUUGUCCAGGAAGCAGUCCGCCAAACGUUCGGAUGCGCGGAGUACCAGCUCACCAGGAGCAGAAGAAGGAACAGGAGGAGCAGGAGAGAUCCCCUGUCCGUCCACUUCGAGUGAUGCCUUAGUGCAGGCUAUUCAACCCUGGCUGGGCAAAAGUACUGCGUCCUUGGAGUUCGCGGUAGAAGAUCAUCAGUAGGGGGCUUCAGCUGGUGACCAUGUCCCUUAGGUCCCGAUACUGAUAAAUUUGUAACAUAUUUCAAUAAAUAAUACGACGUCUGUCUUAAUAACAUA